AUGGAGGGUCUCAUGGUUUUCAUAUUUUCUAAAUUACAGGUAACCUAUCUGUGUGAACGUUUGUUCUGUUGUUUUCGUCGUUCUUCCGAUAAUGAUGAUUCACAUAUUCGAUAUGAAUCAUAUUCACAGAAUCGUGGUCCAAGUUCUGUAGACCCAGAAACACGUAGACAAUUGCAAGCAGAAGCUGCUGAACGCCGACUAGCUGAAAGUUCAACACGAGGAAUUGCAGAUCCUGAAAGUGGAAAUCAGAUAAUAAACUACAGUGGAAUGUCAAUUAAGGGAUCUGUUCAUUCUAAUAUAAAUUUAUUCUACCAGAGAUCCGAGGCAUUUGUCUGA